UUCCGAUGUGGUGACUCCCGUCGGCGGUCGCGGGGAAGCGGACGCCCCGGUUAAGCCCAUUCUGCAGCUGCGGCACUGAGGCUUCAGCGGAGCCAGCCGCGCUGAACGUCCCGUCUGUCGUGGGCUGUGUGGCGCUGUCUUUUAAAGGUGAUUGCCCGAAAUAGCUGAAGUGCAGCUUCUAGCCCCCAUCUGUGAAUUAAAACGCUGGACAAGCGAAUGCUUGAAGAAAACUUCGUGCAUUGGGACAAAAGAACAGAAUGAUCAGGUGUGUAUUCUGUGUAAACUUCUGGUUACAGCUACCCAAAUCUGUCAACUGAUUUGUGUAAAUGCAGAUGGAUUUGAAUCUUGGAGUCCUGAAAACCAAUGGCAACAGCUUUUCCAAAGGCAUCUGUGUGUAACAUCACAGCCAGGUGGUGUAACACCUCAGCUCAGGCUGGGGAGCUCCUGGGAUUCGUCACUGGUCAGUGAUGGGCAAGCAUUUCCUGCCCAUAGUUACUGAAAAGGAAAUGUUCAACUGUUUGAUUUGGAUGUUUGUCCUACUCUGCGGCUCUAUAGCAGAAGAAAACUCCAUCAGAGAUGCUGACAUUUUCCCAUCAUCUCCUGAAAUUGAAAGAGGAUCCACUCUGAAACUAUUCUGUGUUCUUGGAAAACACUAUGCUCCUCACAGAAAUGCAAGCCACAUCAUCUGGAAGUUGAAUCAUGAUUUGAUUGCUCAGGAAAACUAUGGCAUUGUGAAUGAGACUGUCUCGAGUAUAACCAUCCAUAACUUCACUUACAGUAAAGCUCAUGUGAAGUGUUUCACCAAGUACUUAGACAAGGAACAACUUUUGGUUCACACUGAAAUUAAAUCUGGAUUUCCACCAGACACACCAAGAAAUAUUUCCUGUAUUUAUCGUGUCGAUGUUGAACUUACUUGCAACUGGACUUCUGGAAGAGAAACAAAUCUUUUGACAAACUAUACUCUUUACCGAAAAACGAUGACAGAAGGAAUGGUGACUCUUCCAAAUACAGUGGGCACCUGCCAAAGCAAAACAGAGUCAUGUUCAUUUCGUUUUCCAGAUACUCCAUACAGUAGUAGUUCUUGUUUCCAGGUGAAAGCUGAAAAUGUUGUGGGUGAAGCCUCAUCAGAUUGUGUUCCUAUACCCAUGGAGAAAAUAGAGAAAUUUGAUCCUCCUGAAGUACUUUCAGUUAAAAAAAUCAUUGGUACAAAGCAGUUGCUUACAGUAACCUGGAAAAUGCCUGAGAAGAUUAUCCCUUCACAAGAUUUUAUUUGCCAGGUUCAAUACAGAAACUUGUAUUCAAACUCAUCGGAGUGUGUCCAGAUUCCACUGAAUUCUGCAGAGAAAACAGGAUCAUGUAAUCUCACAGGUCUGUGGGACUCCACAGAAUAUUCAGUUGCCGUUCGGUGUCGCAGUGUCGUGUCAGUGUUCUGGAGUGACUGGAGCCGGGAGAAAUCUGCAAGCACAGAGGAGAGAGCUCCUUCAGAAAAGGUGGAUUUGUGGCGGGUAAUUGAGCCUUCACACUCAGCUGGAGCUAGAUGUGUACAUCUUAUGUGGAAGCCAUUAAACAGCUUUCCACCUUCUGGGAGGAUUCUAGGCUACAAAAUACACUAUUAUACAGAAAGCAAUUUUGCACUUCAAAUAACAAACAUCUCUACCACUGAGAAGAUGAUCUUAUAUUUAAAUGAAGAGGCAUAUAUAAUAUCUGUUACUGCCUAUAACUCUGCUGGAAAUUCUCCUAAAGCUAUUUUGAGGAUUCCAUCCACCAAUGAAAAAACUUAUCAGAUUAUUGAAACAGUGAGGACCUUUACAACAACUGAAGAAGUGGUUGUGGAAUGGAUAGCCUCCAGACCAGAAGUAACCAAAUAUGUAGUUGAGUGGUAUGAGGAAUUUGAAACUGAUCCUUUUGGUAGAUCAUGGCAAUAUGUAUCAAACUCUACAAACUGGAAAGCUAACAAAAAAAAAUUUAAACCAUUUAUAUGCUAUAACAUCUCAGUGUAUCCUCUCUGUGAAAAUAAAGUAGCAGCUCCAUAUUCCAUACAAACUUAUGUUCAAGAAAAAAGGCCAUCAGAAGGACCUGUGGUUGACACAGGUGUUCCAGGGAAAAAUGAAGUUACAAUAAAAUGGAAGGAGAUUUCAAAGGAUAAAAGAAAUGGAUUUAUCAGUAACUACACAAUAUUUUAUAAACCUGAAGAUGGAAAAGAAUUGAAUGAAACAGUGAACUCUGAUGUUCUGCAAUACAGACUGAAAUCCUUGCAGGCUAAUACACAAUAUACUGUCUAUAUCAUGGCAAGCAAUGAAGCUGGUGGAACCAAUGGAGAGCCAAAAACCUUUAAAACUUUGAAAUUCAAUCAAGAAGAUAUUAUUUUCAUUGCUCUGCCUCUUGGAUUAAGCAUGUUGUUCCUGCUAGGCCUUUGGCUAAUAUGCAUUUUGAAAAAACACAUGUUUAAAAAAGCUUGCUGGCCUGAUAUACCCAAUCCUGCAGAGAGUGUUGCCGUGGAAUGGCCUUUUGAUGCACCUAAGGAUAAUUCAUUUUUUAAGAGAGUGCCAUCUGAGGCUAAAAUCACAGAUUUUGAAGACAUAAGUGUCUUGGAAUAUUGUUCACCUGAGGAAAGUCAGGAAGGGCUCCUGCUGAUGAAUUGUGAAAACUAUGUUUCUGAAUGUAGUGGUAUUAAUACAAAAGGCAUGACUAAUGGAGAUAUAAAGAUACCAUUUAGCAAAAAAAAAGAAGCUGAUAAAGGUUUUUCACCAUCCAUGACUUACGUGAUUACUGACCAAGAUAUCAGAAGUGAAAUGCAUUUGGCUUUGAUGCCAGUGAAGAAAUUCCAACCGAUCGAAAUGUUGGAAGGUGAUUCAUGUGAAUCUCAACAGACUUCAGAUAAAACUGAAGAUGAUAAUGAAGAAGUUUUAAAGCUGGAAGAUGUCAAUGAAAAAGCAUGGUUCAAUCCAUACCUAAAAAAUUCUGUUAAAACAAGGGAAUUUCUUAUUUCUGACAACUUGCCAGAACACAGUAAGAAUGAACCCAAAAGCCAGUCAGCUGUCUUACCUUCCUUUCAACAAAAUGUUGCAGGACAAUCCUAUGUAACACUGGACAUGUUUGGGCUGGCCACGGCUCAUGAGUGUGAAAAACCUUUCCUUUGUCAAGUCCCCUUGUGAGAUACAUGUUGGCCCUGCUGCUCAUAUGUAUUUGUAUGUUCCACUCUGGCUGAUCUCAGUUAAUUUGGAUGAGAACAGCCCCUUUCUUUGAACAGCUGUGAAGCUGUUUUUUUUCAUUGUGUUUGUACCCAUCAGGGUUCAUUUUCACUGUGGAGUGGAAUGGGUUUGGUUUUUUUACCAGAUUAAUGUGGCAGCAGUGAGGCAAAGGAAGUAGUUUUUCUUAGUUCUUCUUAGUUCUCCCAUACCAGUCUGCUAAAACAAGCUGAUCUUCACCGCGGGAGUAGCCAGCUGUGCAAGCAGCUCACUGAUUUCCAACCAGGCAAUCAGUUUCCCUGUCUGAACUCUGCUGGGGAUAUAUGGACCAACUUGGAGCAGAACCAGGAUCCACCAAAUCCUUCCUUAAGCUACAUACAGUAGAACACUUUCCUGUUCUUACUUCCCUCAAUUGUUUUAUAUCUAGUUUUAUGUAUAGUGUUCCUCCUGUUUUGCAAGUCCUUUGUAGAUUUCAGUAAUUGUCGUUUUGCACCCUGACUCCUGAAUCAGUGGCUUGGCUCAUAGUUUCUUUGUCUUUAAUGAGAUGAUACUUGUUAUGUGUGUGCUGUUGACUUAUCUGCAUUUUGGAAAACACAGAGUUGCUUUGUUGCUUCCUUCCCUUUCUCCUGUGUUUUUAAUAAUUGUCUGCAUUUUGUGCCACUUUUGUCUCCUAUUUGUUUGCUGCUUUUAAAAACUGUUUACAGCAGGAUAUCUUCUUAUUUUCUUCUUUAUUUGCCUCUAAUUUCUCCCAAUUUAAAACUCUGUUUCCCAGAGUUCUAAUUUUUUGAAAUUUAGAACUGAAAAAUUCAACUAAGUAGAGCAUCUUUUUUUGGAAUAAGGACUGAGUUUUUAUUUAGGAAAAAAAUUUUCCGGAAGGUAUUGGAAAAGCACUAAAUCUACAAAAUAUCCCAGAGAUCCUCUAGUAACUGAUUUAGGAUUAGCGAUUUCUGCAUGAAGGCUAUAACUUCUGUCAUUUGUUUUAUGACUUUGAUGUCAUAAAAGUACUUGUAGUUUCCAUUUUAUACAGCAAGAGCUAAGCAUGAAACUAUUCAUCACUAUUUUUUUUUUUUUUUUAACAGAGGCAAUUACUGUAAAUUUCUUAUCAGAAUAUUUACUUUGGCAAGUUAAGAAAAAGAGAGGGUGAGUCAACUCUUAAGUAAAAUGUGUUAAAAGGGGAUGCUCAGUAUUACAUGUGGCAUAUAGUAAUUUUAAGACUUUAAAGUAUUUUCCCAGUAUUUAAAGGCUUGAUAUCAUCAGUCUUGUUUAUGCAUAACUACAAACUUAUUUAGGGGUGAAAAAGAUACAGGAGUUGUGGGGAUAGAAAAAGGAGAGACAAAUGUGAAUAGGAACAGAAAGCCUUUCUUUUCUGCGCAGGAAGAGGGGUGGGAGAAUGCAGAAUAUAUUGUCCAGAGGGAAUGAGGAGGCUGAGCCUUACCCUGGGUGUGUUGGCUAUUACUUGCACUGUGUUGGGGAAGACAGUGCAAGUGAAUAGGCUUUUCAUCUAUAGUUUGGAAGCUGCUUUUACUUCUGGCAAUGUUUGUUCCUUUUCCAGGAAAGGAUGAGGUAUCAAUUCCUGCAAAUAUUCCUUGUACAGCAGCACUGAUUUCCACACACCAUUCCUUUCCUCCCCAAAUUUGUUGGGUCACUUUCCCAACCACAGUUCUCUAAGCCAAAAUAUACAUUUGUUCUUAGAAGCUCUUGCUUUUUUAGGUAAGUUGUACUCUGAAAUGAGCAUGGGGGACAGCUUUAUUUGGAUCAGUCCUCCUGCUGUGAUCCCUUCUGGGCUUCUGACUCACAGCUACAUUGCUGUCUCCUAGGAUUCAGAAGUCACCACCUCAGCCACUGCAGGCUUUUUCUCCCUAAAUCUCAGUAUUUCUUUUAAUAUCACAAGAUGAAAAAUAAAUAGAUAUGGAUAUAUUUUGAGGCCUGCCUAGAAAUUGUUUAGCAGCCAUACAAAAGCUGCAUCCUCUGAGUUGCAUGAUUGAGUCAGGUAAAAAAUAAAAAUAAUGCAAUCAUUAGAAAGGGGAUAUUUUUGGUGGUUUGGAGAGGGUCUCCCUGCAACAUUCCUUAGCUUCUGUAGGGUAAGUAAUAACCUGCUUUUCCAUCUCAUUUUAGUUCUUUCCCUAUUGCUGUUCUGCUUUUUGCUUCUCACUUCUGAUUUCCUUGCACAUUAUUUUCUCUGAAAAAGUGUAAUGCAAUAAGUGGGCUUAGUACCUCUCAGAAAUUAGGGUUGGCUUUUGCCUGCACUUUGGAACAGCAUCUUCUUGGAAUUUGUUUUCAUUCAAAGUUGUACUUUCUGACCUUUUACAAUUUGUCUUUCCAAAUAAUGCUGUGAACCAUGAAAAUAAAUAAACCUGAGAGCAUGUGGAAAAGUUUUGAUCAAGUUAUAGUAAAUACACCAUUUAGACAUUUUA